AUGAUAUCGAAGUUGGCUGAUCCAGCCUUGAGAAUAAGAUGGGGCGAAGAUGCCAAUGUUGAGGAACAUCCUUACAUUGCCGCUUUACUUUAUCGAUAUAAAAAAACAAACAUUGUUGGGAGAUUCAAAUGUACUUGUACAAUUUUAAAGCCAAUAUGGGCUUUGACAGCAGCCCACUGUGUAAGCAUUGAAGGAAAAAAGAAAAUAUACUUUUUCAUCGGUUAUGGUACAAAAUUGCCCACUAAAAAUUACUCUACCAGUGAUGUUAUUGAAACACAAAAGCAUCCUUCUUUCAACAAAUUUAAUAAUGACAUUGCUCUGCUAAAAACAGAACCGAUAGCUCUAAGCCGAUAUGGAAAAGUCAGCGCCGCGGACUAUACCACAUUGAUAGGUCACGCGGUACUUGCAUUUGGUUACGGAAUUAUGCAAGAUGGAAAAAAUCUUUCGCUCGCUUUCAAAUUGGGCAAACCAUUACAAGUAACAGACAUGGUAAUUAAGAAGUGUGCAUCCGUACAUAAUAAAAGAUCUGUUAAUUUUCCGUCUGUGUGCCUUAGUCCAAAAUGUGGAAAGGUUAAUAUUAUGUGUUCUGGAGAUUCUGGUGGUCCAUUGAUACACCCGUCUGGUAUUGUAGCAGUUCUUUCUUUUGGCAUUGAAAUAUACUGUCAUGAGUAUUUCAUACCAGAUGAGGGAGAGAAAUUGAUCUCAAGCGGUAGUUAUAUGCCUGUUAGCCCUUAUAUUGAUUGGAUAUCCAGUAUUGUUAAAAAAUAA